CGUUGCUCGCACCGGGACGACCGACGACGUUUACCGUGCGUCACGGGAAACGGCAUUGGGAGGAGACAGAAGGUGACAGCCCUCCCGCGGAAUUUAUGGUGCGCACGGGCGAAACGGUGAAGUGAGUGGUGUUGCCGAGGUGAAGUGAGGUGAGUGCGACGGCACCGAGUGCUCCCAACCGGUGGACAUUCCCGCGGAGCUCGUUAUAUCGUUCAGGCUUAACAUAAGCAGAAAAGAGGAAAAAAUGCCGGGCCUAAUCGCCGUCAGCGAAUUCGUCGAAGAGACCAGGGAGGAUUACAACUCGCCCACCACAUCCACCUUCGUUUCGCGAAUGCCACAAUGCAGACAGACGAUCACGUCCCUCGAGGAGACGCUGGACUUCGACAGGGACGGCCUGACGAAGCUGAAGAAAGCGAUCAAAGCCAUUCACAACUCUGGAAACGCUCACGUCGACAACGAGGUGUACCUUGGGAGGGCGUUGGAGAGGCUCGGCGAUGCGGCGCUCAAAGAACAGGAACCGGAUAUCGGGGCUGCUUUCUUGAAGUUUGCGGUCGUCACAAAAGAAUUGAGCGCUCUAAUGAAGACUCUGAUGCAGAAUAUAAAUAACAUCGUGAUGUUCCCGCUGGACUCGGUGCUCAAGGGUGACCUGAGAGGUGUUAAAGGGGACCUGAAACGACCGUUCGAGAAAGCGUGGAAGGACUACGAGGCGAAGUACGCGAAAAUCGAGAAGGAGAAGAAGCAACAUGCGAAAGAGGCUGGCCUCAUUCGGACGGAAGUGACGCCGGCCGAGAUCGCCGAUGAGAUGGAAAAAGAGAGACGAUUGUUUCAAUUGCAAAUGUGCGAGUAUCUGAUCAAGGUGAACGAAAUCAAAACGAAGAAAGGCAUUGAACUGCUUCAGCAUCUAGUCGAAUAUUACCAUGCGCAAACGAAUUACUUUCAAGACGGCCUAAAGACCAUCGAACACUUCGGUUCCUACGUGGCGGACCUCAGCGUGAAAUUACAGAAGAUUAGGCAAACCCAGGACGAGGAACGGAGGCGAUUAACAGAAUUAAGGAAUCUCCUGAGGAGCUCUGGCUGCGACAAAGAGUUAAAUGUAAACGCGAAUACAGGGUAUUCACUUCACCAACUCCAAGGGGACAAGCAGCACGGCGUCACACGGUCCGGGCAUCUGUUGAAGAAGAGCGAGGGAAAAAUGAGGAGGGUGUGGCAGAAAAGGAGGUGUGCCGUACAAGCGGAGGGUUAUCUCGAUAUUUGUCACGCGGACGAAAAUAAACCACCGACGAGAGUGAAUUUAUUAACCUGUCAAAUCAAGCUAGUGCCGGACGAUAAGAGGGGCUUUGAUCUCAUUAGCUACAACAGAACGUAUCACUUUCAAGCGGAAGACGAGACGGAUCAACGAGCAUGGAUGUCUGUUCUGGUCAACUGCAAAGAACGUGCUUUGCUUCGUGCAUUCGAUGCCAGCGGCAAAGCGGAGGCUGGUACCGGGAAUCCAAGUUUAGUCGAACUACAACAGGCCGUGAUCCGAUGUGUCAUGAGGCUACCAGGAAAUGAUCAGUGUUGUGAUUGCUCGUCGCAAAAUGAUGCCACAUGGUUGUCCACAAAUUUUGGUAUAAUCGUGUGCAUAGAAUGCAGCGGUAUCCAUCGAGACUUAGGCGUACACAUAUCCAGAAUACAGUCCCUAACAUUAGAUAACGUGGGUACAGCGCAACUACUUCUCGCACGGCACAUGACCAACCACGCGUUCAAUGAAGUGAUGGAGGCAACGUUACAUCAGAUUCAUAAACCGACACCAACGUCGACGAUGGAAGAAAGAUACGACUUCAUAAGGGCCAAGUAUGUGGACAAAAGAUACGUAAUGGACACGUGCGCGGAUGAACGAGAUCUUCUGUCUGAUUUGGAGCAUGCUGUAAACAAUCGUGACUUGCAACAACUUCUGCAAGUUUUCGCUGAAAACGUGGACCUGGCCGCGCCGUUGCCCACAUCGGAUCUGGGUGAAACGGCACUGCAUUUAGCCAUUUUGCGGGAAAUGGGGAAUAGCUUGCAUAUUGUCGAUUUUCUAGUGCAAAAUAUGUCGUCGGGUGGUAUAGACAGAACCACCGUCGAUGGUGAAACGGCGUUGCAUCUGUGCGCUAGGCACGACAGAGCAGAAGCAAUGAAGCUAUUGUUACGCGCAGGCGCCGAUCCCACGCAUCGAAACAAACAGGAUAAAACGCCUCUUGACAUUGCGCAAGAAAUGGGACACCAUACCUGCAAAGAACUGCUGAGUCACGCUCUACAAAGACAGAAAACGUUGUUCGACAACGUUAAUAUUGACUGGAAUCUUUCACACGAUGAAGGUUCUACCGACUUCUCCGACGACGAGACGAUAAUAGAGGACCGGAAUGGAUGUUUAACACCAGAGAAGAAAUCCCGCAGUAGGCCACCAUCUUACGUAGGUGGCGGUGGUAGCGGUGGAGGUCCCGGAUCAGGAGACUCGCCAGUGACGCUUCGCAGUCGAAGUAGUACUUGCGACAGCUUGCAAAGCGGUUCUUCACCAAGUUCCUCGACGAAUAGGCAACAAAUGCCUCCGCCACCGCCGCCGCAAGCAAGGAAACCUGUUGCUGUACCCGCGCCCAUGGCACCGGAUAUUUCGAUUAAUAUCCAUGGAUCACUGAAGAAACGUGUAGCUCCGCCACCACCACCACCGGUUGGAAGUACAGGUGGUAUACCUUCUUCUCAUUAUGGUACACUACCUUCGUCCGCGUCCUUAGCAGCGUCAACGCAUAGCCGUACAACCAGCGAACCGAUCUUAGCCGGGCAUUCUUUACAUACUCUACCACAUGCGUUAAAUACAUUAAACAGUCAGCAUCAUAAAAGAUCGCCCAGUGGAGAUUCUUCAACGGGACACGGCGCGGACAAAGUGAACAGCUCGACGCUUCAACGACCGAGGAAUCCUCCACCGCCAGCGCCAUCUGGCAUCAAUUCCUCCAGAUUGAGUAACGGCCGUAGCAGCGAGUCGUUGAGUUCCAUGUGUUCCGAUCACGGCUUGGGUAAUCCUGUUCCUCCUCCGCGCAAACGAAGGGACCGGUCCAGACUAGAGAGCUACGCCGAGGAGCCUUCAUCUUUGCUCCCAAAUCUGAAUCUGCCAACCUUGUCGACCCUGAGCGGACUACGACGUUGUCGAGCUUUGUACGACUGCGAGGCCGACAACGAGGACGAGCUGUCCUUUCGAGAAGGCGAGGUUAUCAUCGUAACCAACGAGCAAACCGACGACGACAACUGGAUGGAGGGCGCGUUAGAACGAGCCCCGGAACGAAGGGGAAUGUUCCCAAUCAGUUUUGUACAUAUGUUACAAGAUUAACAUUCGGUAAGCCUGAACUCAUUGGCAAGUGUAUCCAGUACUGCCAGCUCCGUGAGUGUCGCUAGCCUCGGCCGAAGAAGUUGGAUACGGAAGCCGAAAGAUUAAGCAUGGAAAAUCGCUCCAUUUGCCGCGUAUGACCGGCAUUCCUAUAAAAAACCU